AAUUUGAGCUAUGCAGGGUGAUUGAGCUGAUUGCUAGAUUAGCUCUGUUCUUUCUUUUCACACAGUAACAUUGACUUCCACAGAAUUGUCUCUGAGAACACAGAGGGAGCAAGUUCAUGCUGACAUUUUGCAUUGGUUAAACUACAUUUGGGUGUGAUGGAACCUUCAGCUUCCUGUUUACCUGGAUUCUUCAUGGUCUGCAUUCUCCUAAAGAUCACAGUACUCACCCAAGUAAUGAGCUUGGAUAUACAGAUAAACACCCAGAUUCCAGAUACAGAAGAAGGGGUACUGGUAGAGUGUACUGCAGAAAGUUUGUUCCCACCUGCUGAGAUGACAUGGAGAGACAGCAAGGGGAAUAUAAUUCCACCCUCAAGCACAUUUGACUCUCAGGAUAGAGCUGGGUUAUUGUGUUUGAAGAGCACCAUUCUUUUGAAAAACAGAACAGAAGGCCCUAUUACUUGCUCCAUUUACAAUAAAACUACUAAUCAGGAGAAAAGGAGAAGUAUUAUCCUAUCAGAUGUCCUAUUCAGACCACAGUAUAUGUCAUUGAUGUCAAACAAUCUUUUAUAUCUUGGAAUAUAUUUAAUCUUUAUACUUUUUCUUAAUUUUCUCAAAGGAAUACUUUUUUGUCUCACAAAAAGACUUGUUCAUUUCAGAAAACGAAUGAUUAAAAUCAAGAAAGUUUGGAGUAAUAAAACAAGAGCUUGCUGUCCACUUAUCUGGGAGUUCCUAGAGAUAGUUUUGUUUAUUGCCUUCCUCCCUCUCUACUUGAUGUUCAGGAUUAGAGUUUUUACUUUGGAUGAGGCACACAUAUUGUAUAAUAAUUGGCUGUGGAAAGUAUGUAAAACUUUGAUUGCAAUGAUGAUACUUUUUACUGUGCUCAUUUUGUUUCUACUUUGGACCCUGAACCGUUAUGGUAAGAUGCCCUGCUUAUCUUCCAUGAAUAUAGAUGUUUCUACACAUGACGCGGAGCAAAACAGUUCUAAAUCUGCUAAGUUCCAAGAAAAUUAUGAUGUAGCAGGCCAAAUGAUCCUAGAAACUUAUGAAGAAACAAUAUUUUGUCAGCAUCAAGAAAGUUGUGAAGAGUAUAAUUAUGACCCUCUUCUGCUCUCAAGUUUAGAUGCCCUAGGAACUUGUGAAGAUGAAAAAUUUAGUCAGCAUCAAGAAAGUUUUGAAGAGGAUGAGGAUCUUCAAUCUUUUUCAGACUUUAAGAUUGAAUUGUACUCGAAACUUGGAAACUUGACACAUUAAAAAAGACAGAAAAGGAUAAUGUUUUGAACUUUAAAAAUUAUAUCUAUAAACAUAUAAUCAAGGGGGUAUUCUGAUUAAAUUUUGUUUUGUCUAAAAAGUAUAGAUUUUUAAAAAUACAUUUUUAAUAAAAUACUAUUAUACU